AUGGGUGGCUACUACUCCCCUCAUCAACAGCAGCAACAGCAGCAACAACAAAACCAACACCAGCAGUUUCAACAACAACAACAACAACAACAACCUCGCAUGUCGCAGAAUCAGCAGAACCGUAUGCAGCACAAUGUGAACGAUUCUUCAUUUUUCCCAGGAGGGGAUUCCCUCGACGACAUUGUUCGCGACAACCAAGACAAGCUAUAUCGCCGGCAGAGCAUGCCCCAGGCUUACUCGAAUUCUAUGGGCCAGUUUCAAAUGGCCCAGCAGCAUCAGCAACAUCAUCAGCAACAUCAUCAGCAACAGCAGCAAGGACAGAGACGGAUGUCGUCCGUCGGGAACGGUGAUUUAAUGACCUUUGGGACUGAUAAUGGCGAACUCAAUUCCUACCAGUUCAAUCAACCUAUAGGAAGCGGCUUUCCUGCCAUCAAUACCUCUAUGGGCAUAGACCAAAUGGGUAACUACAUGGCGGCUAAUCCAAACGAAUAUUCGACUAUAUCUCCUGAAAUGAUGAGUUCAAUGAUGCCUUCUACAUUUGCCAGUAUGAGCGUAGGGGCGCAAAUGGCAGGCAAUGGCUCACCAAUGAACCUUUAUUCGCCGUCCAUAGGACAGUUUCCACAGGGUCAACUUACCCCUCAAAUUCAAGUUAGCAACGACUUUCCCAUGGAUCUCUCUCCGGAUGCUGGGUCUAUGGCCAUGAACCAAAGCAACCCUCCCACCACCAACUCGAUCCCCGCCCCUACCAAUACUACUAUGGACACAAUAGAGGAGCCAACUGAGAAUAUGAUGAGUAAUCACCAAAACUUCAAUAAUGUGAACACUGGAGAAAACCACCAAAACUUGCCUGCGCUCUCUCGUCAAGUCUCGACCGCCUCUGGCUCCGUUGUUUCUCCACCUCAACAGCAACCACACGGUGCUAUGUCUUCUUCGACUGUUACGCAACCGACCAGCGGCUCGGUCGCGACAACCCCAUCUACGGGCGAUACUCCUAGAGACUCGAAAGAAAAGACGAUAUAUUCAAAAAGUGGAUUCGAUAUGCUAAAGGCUCUGUGGCUAGUCGCCACGCGAAAGAACCCUAAAAUACAACUUGGUGCCGUCGAUAUGUCCUGCGCCUUUGUCGUCUGCGACGUAUCCAUGAACGACUGUCCUAUCAUAUACGUUUCCGACAACUUUCAGAACCUGACCGGUUAUAGUCGACAUGAGAUUGUUGGCCAGAACUGCCGCUUUCUUCAAGCUCCCGAUGGUAAAGUCGAGGCAGGAUCGAAGCGUGAGUUCGUGGACGACGGUGCAGUAUUUAAUCUGAAGAAGAUGGUUCACGAGGGCAGGGAGGUGCAACAGAGUCUUAUCAACUAUCGAAAAGGUGGAAAGCCUUUCUUGAACCUUUUAACCAUGAUCCCCAUUCCUUGGGACACAGAUGAAAUCAGAUAUUUUAUUGGCUUCCAGAUCGAUCUUGUUGAAUGCCCAGACGCAAUUGCUUCUAAUCAAGAUCUCGGCGGUGUUAAGGUGAACUACAAGCACAGUGAUAUCGGCCAAUAUAUCUGGACACCGCCUCAAUCUAGUCAAUGGGAACCAGAGAAUGGUCAGACACUGGGAGUAGACGACGUCUCAACCUUGUUGCAACAGUUUAGCCCCAAUGGCCUUACCUCGGAUUGGCACAAGCAAUCAUGGGACAAGAUGCUUCUGGAGAAUACCGACGACGUUGUUCACGUGCUCUCGCUCAAGGGUCUGUUCCUCUACCUUUCACCGUCCUGCAAGAAGGUUUUGGAAUACGAAGCCGCGGAUCUUGUUGGCAAUUCGCUGUCAACAGUGUGCCACCCAUCUGAUAUUGUCCCUGUCACGCGCGAGCUUAAAGACACGACGGCUGGUAACCCGGUCAAUAUCGUUUUUCGAAUACGGAGAAAGAACAGUGGCUAUACGUGGUUUGAGAGUCAUGGGUCGUUGUUUGUUGAACAAGGAAAGGGUCGAAAGUGUAUUAUUCUGGUAGGCCGCAAGCGACCCGUGUUUGCUCUUAGCCGCCGCAACCUCGAAGCAAAUGGAGGCAUUGGCGACAGUGAACUUUGGACAAAACUCUCUACAUCAGGCUUAUUCUUAUAUGUCUCUUCCAACAUCAGAUCUCUCCUCGACCUCCAGCCCGAUAGCCUGGUAGGAACCAGCAUACAGGAUCUUAUGCGCAAGGAGUCACGGCCUGAGUUUGGAAGAGCGACAGAAAAGGCAAGGCGCGGGAAGAUUGUCACCUGCAAGCACGAAGUCCAGAAUCGCAGGGGUCAAGUGUUGCAGGCACAGACAACUUUGUACCCGGGUGACGCUUCCGAAGGACAAAAGCCAUCAUUUCUCUUGGCUCAGACGAAACUUCUUAAGGCUUCAUCACGCAACCUUGCCCCUGCCAGCGUAUCUGGCUCCAGGUCUAUUGCUGCGACCCCAAGAUCCCACAAUGGCAGCGAAAACCACGCGACAGGUCAUAUAUCUCAGCCUGCUGGUGGAGCCUUAGCUCCUGGUACCCAGGAUGCUGCUCUGGCAUCUGAGGACAACAUAUUUGAUGAACUUAGAACGACUAAAUGCUCCAGCUGGCAAUUUGAGCUGCGACAGAUGGAGAAAGUGAACCGCAUCUUGGCGGAGGAGCUUGGAGGUUUACUCUCCAGUAAGAAGAAGCGCAAGAGAAGAAAGGGAGUAGGCAACGUCGUACGAGACUGCGCGAACUGCCAUACAAGAAACACGCCUGAGUGGCGUAGAGGACCCAGUGGUCAACGGGAUCUUUGCAACAGCUGUGGCCUCCGUUGGGCCAAACAAACUGGUCGGGUUUCUCCACGCAAUUCUUCACGAGGGGCCAACACGGCAAACGGUGAUUCCCGAAGCAAGAAGUCCAAUUCUCCUUCAUCGCCACUACAUAAAGAAUUGUCUGCCGAUAGCUCCAAGUCACAGACUCCCAACGGCGAGAGUGGCGUCAACCCGGCCCAGCUCACGAAACAAAAGAUUGAGAAUGGGACUGCUGCUCCUAGCGGUGCUCCUUCAGCAACAGGGGUUAAAUCUUCGGCCGGACUACCGCCACUAAGCCAUUCGUCAAUGUUGCCCAUGGGACAGGCCUCUUCGAUGGCAUCGAUUCGAGAAGAGCGCGAGACAAGCCACCCUUGA